AUGGUUGCAAUCAAAUAAAGUAUUAAGCUUAUAGAGGAAAUUUCUGAUACUGAUGAUGUUGACUAUCCAAAGUUGAACUAAGAGUAGCCACCAAAGAAUAAGACUGCAACUUUGAAGAAAAAGCUAACCGCGUUCUCUAAACAAAGCAAGAGUCCCUCUCAUAGAAAAGACGAUGGCUCUUAUUAGUUUCUCUCUAUUGAUGAAGAUAAGCACAAAGUUAUUGAGCACUUGACAUGGUCAAAUGAUAUAGAUGAUCAGACUCCAUAUUAGAUUAAUUGUAACAGUGAUAAUUAACUUUAGUUAUGGAAGUAUUCCAAUGAAAACUUAGUAAAAGAAUAGAACAUACAAAAAUAUAUAAAAAAUAAGGCAAGGAAAACUUUCUGUAAGUGUACAGAUGGUUGCUAAACUCCUAAAAAAUGCGCAUGCUACAAAUAUAAUAAAUCAUUGUUGAAUAGGACCUAUGAGGCUAAAUAUCAUCAUGAUAACACGAUGAUUGCAAUCCAAAACAGAGCUAUCCAAAGAAACAAUAAAACUCUAACUUUCAACGAAUGCCAUCCUAAGUGUGCAUGUAAUAAAGAUCUUUGCCAAAAUUUCUUGAUGCAUUCUGAGAAUAAGCACAAGUGGAAAGGUGUAAUCAAGCGUGUUAAAAAGUAGGCUACUCUUAAAGGAGUAAAACACGAAGCAGUAAUGUGGGGCUUGUUUUCUUUGGAAUUGAUUCCAGCUGGUGCCUAUGUUGUAGAAUAUGUAGGCGAAGUUAUUACUGCCAAGGAAGGUGAUAAAAGGGGGAAAAUUUAUGACCAGCAAGGAAUGAGCUACUUAUUUGACAUGAAUGACCCUGAUGAAUCAGAUGAUUAUGACAUGAAAGUUUAGGAAAGUGGUUACGGAGAUUUUUUCCCUUUGUGUCUUGAUGCAGCUUUCCUUGGAAAUGAGAGUAGAUUUGUAAAUCACUGUUGUGAUCCGAACCUCAAGCCUUUCAACAUUGUCACAGAGAUUGAAGGGCAUACAUACCACAAGAUAGUCUUUUUUGCAACUAAGCAUAUCCUUCCAGGGUAUUAAAUAUAAAUUUAUAAGUUUUAAUAAUAUUUUAGAGAAGAGAUGACCAUUGACUAUAAGUGGGAUAAAAAUCUACUUAAUAUUCCUAAGAAUGUCCCUUGCCUUUGUGAAAAGUAAAAAUGCAGGAAGUAUUUGAUAAGAUCCUUUGAAGAGAAGCAGCAUCAAGAUAAUUCAACUAACUAAUCGAAUACAGAGAUCCAAUCACCUUUAGUAGAACGAAGAAACUCACCUAAUCUCUAUGAUUUUUUGCUGUCUGAUACCCUCUCUGAAGAUUCUAACCAGGUGAAAAAGAAGAGAAUAAAGAAGAAGGUCUUUAAGAUUCAUAAGCAGCAACACAAGUCAAACAAUUGUGAGAGUACCAAAAUCUGA